AUGGUGGCGAGGGGCGACGGCGGGGAGGUGGUGAGGAGGGCGGUGGCAGAGAGCCUGGUGCUGGUGGUGGGGAGGCGCGGGUGCUACCUCAGCCACGUGGUGAAGCGGUUGUUGCAGGGGCUCGGGGUGAACCCCGCCAUGCACGAGGUCGCCGACGAGGCCGAGCUCGCUGCAGCGGUGGCCGGGAACGCUGGAGGCGAGGCCGUCGUCGCGCUGCUGGCGGUGUUCGUCGGUGGGAGGAACCUCGGCGGACUCGAUCGGCUCAUGGUCGUGCACAUCUCCGGCGAGCUCGUGCCCAUACUCAAGGACGCCGGCGCGCUCUGGCUCUGA